AUGACUUUUGGAUUUCACAUUCAUCAUCAUCACGACCAGCAACAGCAGCAGCAGCAGCAGCAGCAACAACAACAACAACAAUAUCCUGGGAAUACGCCAUCUCAAUACGGAUCAGCCCCUCCAUCAUUUCCUAACCAACAAUAUCUUGGAACAUCAGUAGCUCCUUAUUCCAAUACAAGUAACAACAGCGGUGCCCCAUGUUCACCUGAGUAUCGCUACGUGCUUUACUUUUGCAACUGGGCAAUUUAUGGACGCCAUCAUUUCCCUAAGGAUGUUCCGGCGUCGCGGGUGUCACACAUUUUGUACGCAUUUGCCAAUGUGGUUCCAGAAACUGGUGAAGUUGUAUUGACAGAUAAGUGGGCGGACCAAGAGAUUGUAUUAGAUGGCGACUCGUGGCAAGAUCCAGCCUCGUAUCUUAAGGGAUGCUUAAACCAAUUUUACAAGAUUAAAAAGCAGAACAGACGGCUUAAACUGAUGUUGUCGAUUGGCGGAUGGACAUAUUCGCCCAAAUUUGCUGGAGCAACAGAAACAGCAGAAAAACGCAGCAAGUUUGCAAAAUCAGCAGUGGCGUUGCUCGCCGAGUUUGGCUUUGAUGGACUUGACGUAGACUGGGAGUACCCAGCUGACACAACACAAGCCCAGAAUUAUGUGGAGCUUUUGCGGGUAAUGCGGCUGGAGUUGGACUCAUAUGCACUUGAGAUUGGUCUGCCGCGGGACCAAUUUGAGUUGAGUGUAGCAGCACCUGCGGGCCCUGAGCAAUACCAGCGGUACCGGCUAGCAGAUAUGGACCGGUAUUUAACAUUUUGGAACUUGAUGACAUAUGACUUUGCUGGAUCAUGGAGUACCAAGGCUGACUACCAGAGUAAUUUGUUUGCUGGAGAUUUAUCAACGGAUGGAGCCGUCAAGUAUUACCAAAAGGCAGGUGUUCCUAGUAACAAGAUUGUAGUAGGAAUGCCUGUGUAUGGCCGCGCAUUUACCAACACUGAUGGUCUUGGGUCUACAUUUAACGGGGUGGGUGAGGGCUCAUGGGAACCCGGAUCUUGGGAUUACAAGGCUUUGCCGUUGGCCGGGGCUUCUGAGCACACAGAUACGGGUCGUGUGGCUGCGUACUGCUACAAUGCUACGGAGCGGACACUUGUGACGUAUGACAAUGCAGAAACAGCUAGAGCAAAGGCACGGUAUGUGCAACAAAACAAGUUAGGUGGUGGCAUGUGGUGGGAAUCUAGUGCCGAUGUACCGGAUGUGACCAACAACCGGUCAUUGGUUGGAGCAUUUACCGGGGCACUUGGUGGGGUAAGUCAGAUGGAUAGUAAGGUGAAUUGUUUAUAUUACCCUAGGAGUACACACGAGAAUAUCCGUGGGGAGAAACCUUUCUAG